AUGCUUAGAAACAAACCAAGAGCAGGAGCAGUGACUACUAAACAAGCUACUCUCAUGGCUAAUCAACUCCAAUCUUCAAAACCUAAUAACAACACUUCAUCUCUCUUUACCUCUCCAAAGUUUAGGUUUUUCACUUCAAAGAUCACUCCUUUCGACUCUGAUAAUCUCUCCCUAAUCAGCCCAACUUCGAUCCUCGACAUAAACCCAUCAAUCUUCUCCAAAAACCCUAAACCCACUUCUUAUUUCGAGCCAACGAUCCCUGAUCCUCAAAGGUUUCACUCACCAGACGCCAUUGGCCUCGCUGAUCUCGUCAAAAACAGAGACAGUACUAACAGAGAAGACCGCAAGAGCAAACUACAUGUCAACAAGAUGGUUCUUUUCGGGUCAAAGCUCAGAGUCCGGAUCCCUUCUGGUGAUUUCGGAACUAAAACCAUGAGAUAUCAUGGACAAGUAAGCCCUUGUCUUCAAGCAAAGGUCUUGACCGUGAGCGAGAUUGACCAGACAGAGGACUACACGCGUGUCAUCUCUCACGGUCCUAACCCAACCAUCACUCAUAUCUUUGACAACUCUGUUUUCGUGGAGACAACUCCUUGCUCUGUUUCUUUACAGCCACCAGUAGCCAUGGAGACCAAGAAAAUGGAGAGUAAUUUUCUAAGCUAUUGCUACACCUGCAAGAAGAAUCUUGACAAGAAACAAGACAUCUUUAUAUACAGGUGCGUCCAUAUCUAUAUAUAUUUUCACACUUUCUCUUUAGUAGUCUCUGAUGAUGAUGAUCGAGUUCCAUAA